UCACGUGACUUUGCGGAAGUCUUACAAUAACAUGGGUGAAUCCUGAGAAGUGGGGGGAUAAGAAUGGUGCGGCAUUACCCUUUGUUUUUAGUUUUAGUAUUUGUGAAUGAAGUAUUUUGUCUCCAGAGUUCAUGCCGGGGGGAGCAGGACUCUCUCCCCGUGGAGGGAGCAGGGGGAUGCGGCUGUGGAAAGCUGAAGAGAGCCGCUGAUGAGAGCGGGACAGCGACCAAAGACCCAGCCGACAAAUACUCCGCAGAGGCGAACGAGAGGACAUCCGGGGCCAGUGAAGAUGGGAAUAAAGUACAAAGUCAGAUGGUGUUGAUACCUGGAGGAGAGUUUCUGAUGGGAACUGACAACCCAGGAAUCCCUGCAGAUGGCGAGGGGCCUCAGAGAUCGGUGCACGUUGACCCCUUCUACAUGGAUGUCCAGGAAGUAACAAACCAGCAGUUCCAGAGCUUUGUUGGUGCCACUGGAUAUGUCACAGAGGCAGAAAAAUUCAGAGACUCAUUUGUGUUUGAGGGAAUUUUGAGCGACUCUGUCAAAAAUCAGAUUACCCAAGCAGUGGCUGCUGCCCCCUGGUGGCUUCCUGUCAAAGGGGCCAACUGGAAACACCCCGAGGGGCCAGACUCCAGCAUCACAGACAGACUGAAUCAUCCAGUUGUCCACGUCUCUUGGUCAGAUGCGGUCGCCUUCUGCUCCUGGGCCAACAAGAGACUUCCUACAGAGGCAGAGUGGGAGUGCGCCUGCAGGGCCGGCUUGAAAGACAGACUAUACCCUUGGGGAAACAAGCUGAACCCUAAAGGAAAGCACUACGCCAACCUCUGGCAGGGGGAAUUCCCGACACACAACUCUGGAGAGGACGGAUACGUGCAAACAUCUCCGGUGGAGUCUUUUCCUGCUAAUGGUUUUGGUCUCUACGACAUAGUGGGAAAUGUUUGGGAAUGGACCUCAGACUGGUGGACUGUACAUCACAUGACAGACCACCAACACAACCCAACUGGUCCUCCUUCAGGCAAGGACAAAGUGAAGAAGGGAGGAUCCUACAUGUGCCACAAGUCUUAUUGUUACAGAUACCGAUGUGCCGCUCGGAGCCAGAACACUCCAGACAGCUCAGCCUCUAAUCUGGGUUUUCGCUGUGUUUCACGGGAGAAACGAUAAACUCACCCAAAGCCCAAGCCCCCCUGCUCCAUAAAAGCUGUGUUAAAUACAGGGUAAACACAAGUGUUUGAUUUUAGUAGCUGAGCCAUUUCUAGAAUACUUUUUAAAAUUCUUUAUUUUUGCAUUUGAAGAGUGCUUUUGGAUGAAGAGGGAAAAUGUGUUUUGCUACUGUAGAUAUUUGUUUGGAUCUCUUAUAUGGCAUCUUUGUUUUGGGGGUUUAUUAUGUUAAAAGGUGAUGUCUGAACAUAGUUUUGACCCCUGAAGCACCUGGAUUACUCCUAAAUUCAAGAAUUUCUUAGUGGCACAACUCACCCUGGUUGUUGUUGUUCACUCAGGACAAUUUUAAAUAAAUACUACAAGUAAUUUCUGUAACAUAUCAGUUAAAGUUGCAUUAAACCCAUUUUCUUUAAUA